GGCAUUCGUGAAUAUCGAAAAAUACGAAGAGGAGAUAAAAGUCGAAGCUAUUGAUAUAUCGUAUGGCAUUACUAAAACCGCUGAAUACGAGUUAACAAAAGCCAAUUUGUUGUUGCAUUGUGAUCAAUGUGAAAAAAGUUUUAAGUCAAGAAAACAAUUAACCGGUCACAGAAAAAGCGUUCACUCAGAAAAACGUUACCAAUGCCCCAAAUGUCCCAAGAACUACAAAAUUAACAGCCAAUUGAAUAAGCAUCUGAAACUACACGAUCCGACGAAUAAAAUCCAGUGCGAUAUCUGUUUGAAAGAAUUUUCAAAUAAACAUUGUUUCGAUCUGCACAUGAAGAGACACAACAAGCAAUACGUCACGAAAUGCGAACAGUGCAAUACAAAAUUCAUUGCGGAAUAUGAAUUGAGGAAACACGUGGCCGUUAAACAUAACAAAUUAUUUCUUUGCGUGGAGUGUGGUAGUAGAUACAGCACUAAAAAUGCUUUGGAUUACCAUAUGCUAACUCACGAUCCCGAUUUCAAAAAAACC